CCCCGCGCAGAAAAAAAAUGAAAACCCACCCCACCGGCGCUUCUUCCCCACUCCUCCCUCGAUCCACUCCACCUUCCUCCCACGUCCCACCCCCAGAUCCACCAACCCCCAUUGUCGCGCGCCAUGCGCAGGCCGACCUCCCCCCGGCGCUCUGCCCAACUGCCCCACCUUCUCCGGCGCCCCCGCCCCGCCCUCGCCGCCUCCCCGCCCGCGAGCAGCCCGCCUUGCGACGCGCUAGCCGGAGGGGCACUCGUUCCGAGCCAACCCACCAGCGCCGCCAUGGUCCCGGCCGCCCUCCCGCCCCACUCCCGAGCGGCGCGUCCUCGCGGUGGAUAUGGACAACCACCACAGCGGCCUCGCCCGUUCCCCUCCUUCCCCCGACGCCCAUGGAUCCAUGGUGGCACCCCCGCCUCCCGAUGUGUGCUGGAGCGAGGUGGCCGGCGAGCUGCCUCCUCCCAGCGUGGUCAGGCUCCAUGGCCAGCGGAAGAACAUCGCGGUGCUGCCCGGCUGCUCGGCUCCGCCCUAUCCCCCACAACCAUAGCCUCCGACGAGACUCCAGGCAACGGGAUCGAGCCAUCCCAUGUCAGAUCCCACCGCCAUGUUCCCUGCAGGUCAGUUGGAUCGCUGAUGCAGUACCCAACCAGCUCAUCCCUUGGCCGUGCAGUUCGCCGUGGACCACUGAUUUUUCGGCUUCGUCCGGUCCAGCCACCUCCAAAAAUUUGGUGUGAAUCGGGUGUGUUUUGGUGCAGUACGACGUGUAGAGGUUGAAGUUCUUUGUUUGGCGCAGUUUGAUUGCACCCCAGGAUUUGCAGCAAAAACCUUGGCAAAUUUGUAUGGUGAAGUUCGUGGUUGCCCUGAUGAAGUCCACUCGCCUCGUCCCUGCAGUGCAUAUUUCAUUAUUAACCCAAAAAAUAUAUGCAGUGCACUACGGGGAAACCAAAACUCUGUUAGAGAAAAAGAAAAAGAAAAAUGCAGUGCACUCCAGUCUUUAAAAAAGUCCGCUCCGAAGGACUUUGUAGCACACUCUUGAAAUUUUUUACGUCCGACAAAAGAAAAUCAUGAAGUGCGCUUGCUCA